AAGCAUGAUGGUUUAAUUGUUUACGUCAAUCGUUUAAUUACGUGCAUGACAAUCUCGCGUCUGGACAACGUAAAAUGUCAUAACUACAGUUAUAUCCAGUCUUUCAUGUUAACAUAAACGCUCGGACAGUGGUCAAGAAAUAUGGCUGUGUAUCAAGGAAUAAUGUUAGCCAUUCUGGUUACCAUUGUGGCAUUUUCAUCUGUUCAAGGUCAGGAAUUCAUAACGCCAACAGAGAGGGCAUUGAGGGCAAACCUGACCAAACUUGUCCAAUACGUCGUACAUCCGUCGGCAGAACCUUCAAUGGAUCUCAUUAACUAUGCUUUAGUUGCCGGCGGUCAGCCAAAAAACCAGGCUGAGAGAAUGGCGUAUCUCGGGUUGAUGAAGAAGAUUGCACGUGGCAUACCGGAACUAGUUAAGCAAUUUACGACUACCACGACACUUCCGGGUGGUAUUAAAUCAGAGACCUUGGAUGAAUCAGGCCUGGACGCUCGUAUAACAAUGCGAGCAAUGCAGUAUGUGCAGAAACAAAAAGAAGAGGCUGCGGCUGCUAAAUCUGCCACAGGCAUUGGCGCAGUUUCUACAGCUAGUGGUUCUAAUGCCACAGUAAGUACUGGAGUGAGUUCUGCAGCAACUGGUUUAACCCCGAACACUGGUGCUAUUUCCACAGUAAGUGGAUCGCAUGAAACACCGAUAGUUCCUGCAUCGGUUGGGAACAUACAAAAUGAUGUUAACCAAUAUCAAUCGGGUGCGGCAUCGCAGCUUGAUGCGGCAGGCCCAGUUACGGUCCAGGACCUGCAACACAAUACGAUUAUACCAGCCGCUGACGGUACCAUAAGUUUGGAAGAUGUGUUCAAAUUUAUAAACGCUAAUAAUGUACAAAAUCAAGCUAACCCACAAUUUAUGAUAUAACUUUUAUACUUCUAUUUUAUUGAUGGGUACAAUUUAUGUUAAAACUGUUUCCCUUUUAAUAAAUAAACAGUCACUAAAAUCUUUGAGAAUUAAUUUUUACAUUUUUAAAAAUGUUUGAUUGUAUGAUAGGAGACCAGCAGGUGUGUUAAAUUACACGUUGGCCUAAGCAAGCGUAAAGAAGCAUGUUCACGACUAGCUGCCUCGGCUACAGGGUGGCCCAAAAACACCAGCAUCCUUUGUUUUUGGGGUGAAACUCGACAUGUUCAUUCGAUCCUGCUAAGAAACAUUUAGACAUGUGAACAACAAUUUUAAUCAAUUAAUCUUCUCAUGAUUUGAUAAUAUAAGCAGCUUCAUUUGUGAAUAAUUUAUUAACCCGUUGUAUAAACCUUAUAGAAUGCUCAAUCGUAGUAUUGUUAAUAGCUCUUUAACGAGAGGGUGAUUUGUUGAUAUUUAAGUAUACUAGUUGAUACAUGAUUAAUGUAUUCCUUGUUUCGUCAACAAUUAACGUUUUAGUUUGGUGAAAUUAGAGCACGCGGUUACACUUGCCGACUUGUAAAAGUCUAUCAUUUAUUCAUUAAGCAUUCUAAAUGAAAUUUCAUAUGCAGGCUUUUUGGGAAACAAUGUUAUUCUCUUCUCUUUUUUUCAACAUAAACUGCCGAAAUUUGAUCAUUCAUAUUGUUUGUCUCUAAUGUAAUUGGGUUACUUGUGUGUA